AUGAAGCGAUCCUCUUCUCCUUCCUCGUCAAAAUCACCAAGUAAACAAACGCCUUAUAAAGAGGUGCGAUUUUCGCAGGUCGAGACUCCCGUCCGUCGCGCUCAAUCGGUCGCUACCAGCAAUCCAUUGCGUGAUCCCAGCUAUAGUGCUGCACAUGCAGCCACCAGAACGCCUGAGGGCACGACGUAUGCCGAAUUCGCCGCAUAUAUCGAACAGUCGCGCGCGCUGUUGGAACGCCAGCGGGCCAAUUUCGAACGCGAACGGGCCGCCUUUGCAGAGGAACGCAAACUAUGGGACAUGGAGAGAGCGCUGUUGAAGUCCAGAAUCGCCGAGCUGGAAGCUGCAAGGAUGGAUGGCUCCGACGGCUUGAAUGGCACCUCUUCGAAGACGGCUCAGUUCCGGACGGACUUUUCGUUCCAAGGAAGGCCUCACAGUCAUGAUCCCUCGCAACAAAAUGGCGGGAGCAACAAUAGCGGCCAAAACGGCCAUCACGUAUGGGAAGGGUCCAGCCCAGGUUCGAUGCGGCCGACACGCGUGUUCCCUGAUGAGAACAGCUUCGGGCACCCGCCUUCGCUAGAUGCUGCGCUCUCCCCGCAAUCACGAGCCGUCGACCGGUCGACAGAGACCAGCGUGCCGGUCCCUAUCGAGAAGGUCGACAGUGAGCUAGACGGCAUCACGCUCAAAUCGACGGCGCUACCCCCCAAUGUAGCAGCCAAAGCCGUCACACCGCAGUCCACAUCUGCGCCCAAGUCCGACCAGGAGCCUCAGAGACGCAUGUCGGAAGGGAGAACACCGCUGAAGCUGAAGCUCUCCGAUCUGGGGGCGCCGGAUGAGAACCUUACGCGGGAUGCAGGACACACGCCCAUGGCUAUUCUGGGCACUGAAGCCGAAGCUAGCUAUCAGUCCCCGACAGAUGACAUGGCGGAGGAGGAGAAUCCUCUCACACCGACGACGACCAAGCAGCCGCUGCAGCCUGUGGAGAGCUCGGAUUCCUACUUUCCGCUCGACCUGCCGGACGACCCGGCCUUGAAGGGGCCCUUGUCGUUGCAGAACGAUGCCGAGGCGGACAAGAGCUUUCUUUCCGAGCUGGACCAGAAACUGCUUGACGAGGCGAAGAAGGCUGUCUCAGGACCGUCAGACGAGCAAGAUGAUAGCGAUGAUGAUGAUCAGCACGAGCCGGACCCGGAGCUGAAGCUCAAGGAUUCGACCAACUUUGGCACCGCUUUUGGUGUGCCAGAAUGCGGCAAAGUCUAG